CAGGAAGGAAAACAAACGGCAGUGCGCAGGCGCAGCAGCAGUAGCAGGCUGGUCUGUCUCUGCCAAAAGUCCGAACUUUAUUUUUGUUCGAUUUUAAGAAACUUUUAAUUUAUUUUUUGUUUUUUAUUCGGUUCAUUUUCGCGGGAGGCUGAGGUCACGCAGUGUCGUCAUUGCGCACGUGAACUGCGGCACGAGACGCAGGGAGAGCGCGAGACCCGCCAGCUUUUGUACCACCCGGAAGUAAGAAAGGAAAAGUCUGAGUUCGUAAAGUUUGAUGAAUUUUCUGUCGGAGGCUCUUAGACCUGCAGCGGAGAGCAUCAGGUGAGCGGGCAGCGAUGAAGAGGAGUCGGCUGCUAGCGGUUCUGGUGGGCGGAAUCUUCUGCGUGGCUGUGAUGUCACUGUACCGCAUGCUGGACCUCAUGCAGGGGUCAGAGUCUAAGCGAUACGGGGAGACGCCUGGUGGACAGGUGGAUGAGGAUUUGGCCCACCUCCAGCAGAAGAUUGACAGGUUGGAGCGUCACCUUAGCGACAACAACCGAUUGGUUGCCAUGCUGCGUGACUCUCUGCUCCAAAGCAAAGCAUCAGCAUGGAAAAGAGCCAACAACAGUUUAGAUUCCGCCCUCGGCAGCAGGGGUGAGGCUCUUCCUGGCUGCCGAUUGGCUGAAGAGAUGAAGGACGGAGUGGAUGGAGUUCAGCUACUGGAUGUUUACGACCUCCUGCCCUUCGAUAACCCCGAUGGCGGUCCCUGGAAGCAGGGCUUUGAGAUCACUUACAAGGGCGACGAGUGGUCGGAGCAACCUCUGGAGCUCUUCCUGAUUCCACAUUCACACAACGACCCUGGCUGGAUAAAGACGUUCGACGCGUACUACCACGACCAGACGAGACACAUCCUCGACAACAUGGUGGUCAAACUGAGCGAGGACAGCAGGAGGAAGUUGAUCUGGGCUGAAAUCAGUUAUUUCUCCAAGUGGUGGGACGACAUCGACGACCAGAAGAGAGCGGCAGUCAAACGCCUAGUGGAGGCGGGGCAGUUGGAGCUGGUAACGGGCGGCUGGGUGAUGCCCGACGAGGCAAACUCUCAUUACUUCGCUAUGCUGGAUCAGCUGAUGGAGGGACACCAGUGGCUGCAGAAACACCUGGGUGUGAAGCCGAGGAGCGGCUGGGCCAUCGACCCGUUCGGCCACUCCCCCUCUAUGGCGUACCUGCUGAAGGGGGCGGGGCUUCACAACAUGCUUAUCCAGAGAGUUCACUACUCUAUCAAGAAGCACUUUGCCCAGCAACAGACGCUCGAGUUUCUAUGGCGACAAAGCUGGGACUCCUCCUCCCGUAGUGACAUCACAUGUCACAUGAUGCCCUUCUACAGCUAUGACGUGCCGCACACGUGCGGUCCAAACCCAGCGGUCUGCUGUCAGUUUGACUUCCAGCGGUUGCCUGGGAGACGGACCUUCUGUCCAUGGAAGAUCCCACCAAAGCCAAUCACAGACCAGAAUGUCCAGGAGAGAGCGCUCCUCCUGCUGGAUCAAUACCGUCAGAAGUCGCGACUCUUUCGCUCAUCUGUCCUUCUUGUUCCUCUUGGCGAUGACUUUCGAUACGUGGAGUCAAGCGAGUGGGACGUUCAGUUUAACAACUACCAGAAACUCUUUGAUUACUUCAACCGACACCCAGAGCUCCACAUCAAGGCUCGUUUCGGGACGCUUUCUGAUUACUUCCAGGCUCUUCAUCAACGUCUGAGCACCACGAGAACGACUCUGCCGAAGCUCCGCGGAGACUUCUUCUCGUAUGCCGACCGAGACGAUCACUACUGGACCGGGUACUUCACAUCCCGGCCAUUUUACAAACGCCUCGACAGGAAGCUGGAGGCCACGCUGAGAGCGACGGAAAUCCUCUUCAGCCUGACACUGGCUGAGAUGCGUCGUUCCCAUAGCGAUGGUCGUCUGGCUGAAAAUUUUCCAGCACGUGAGUACUUCCAGUGGCUGACAACGGGGAGGCGGAACCUGGCGCUCUUCCAACACCAUGAUGCCGUUGCUGGCACCGAACGGGAACAUGUGGUGGUUGACUAUGGUACCAGGUUAUUCCAGUCGAUCCUGAAUCUACACCAGGUGUUGCAGAGCUCCGCUCAUUGGCUGCUUCUAUUGGACAAGAGCCAAUAUCACCACGACCAAUCAAAGCCCUUCUUACAAAUGGACGAAGUAAUCUCGGCGCAGGACGCUCUGCCUCAGAAGACCACGCUCUCACUCAGUUUAGAGCCCAGGUCAUUGAUCAUCUUUAAUCCCACCGAGCAGCUCCGUACCUCCGUCAUCAGCGUUGUCGUUGACUCUCCGGACGCACAGGUUGUUGACGCUGAAACGGGCCGACAAAUGGCCGCUCAGAUCUCUGCGGUGUGGGCGGAGCCAAACCAGCCAUCCACAGACACUUUCCAGCUGUCCUUCGUGGCUGAACUUCCUCCUCUGUCACUCGUCGUGUACCAUGUGACCAAAGCAUCCUCUGGCUCCACCCCUCGGGCACGCUACACAGUUCAUCGUCGUGGCAACCCGCCAGAUAUCCACACCGAGCACUUCCAGGUGUCCAGCCUUCAAGGAUCUGAGGCAGACGCACCCCUGUCGCUUAGCAACAAACAUGUCCAGAUAUGGAGCUCACCUGAAACGGGCCUGCUGGAGAAGCUCCGCCUGCAGUCUGGUCUAGUCCGUAAGAUCCAGGUUCAGUUCCUGUGGUACGGAACCAGAACCGGAUCCCGGGACAAGAGCGGAGCCUACCUGUUCCUGCCCGCGGAUGAGGGGGCUCAGCUCUACACAUCCUCUGAACCUCCAUUGGUCCGCGUCUCCAAGGGUCCCAUCUUCUCUGACAUCACUUCCCAUUUCCCACACUUUACACACACAGUGCGACUCUUCCACCUGGAUGGGCAUGCUGGGAAAUCCCUGGAGAUUUCAAACUUGGUGGACAUUCGGUCUCAGGUCAAUCGUGAGCUCGUCAUGAAGAUUGUUAGUGACGUUGCCAGUGGCAACCGCUUCUACUCUGACCUCAACGGCUUCCAGAUGCAGCAGCGUCGAACGCUGGCGAAGCUCCCCCUGCAGGCUAACUUCUACCCGAUGACAUCAGCAGCGUUCCUGCAGGACUCGACGAGUCGCCUGUCGCUGCUGUCGGCUCAGAGCCAGGGUGUCGCGUCACUCAAACCAGGUGAACUGGAGCUGGUGUUGGACCGGCGCCUGCAGCAGGACGAUAACCGCGGCCUUGGGCAGGGUGUCACUGACAACAAGCUGACAGCGAGUCUCUACCACUUGCUGCUGGAGGACCGUGGGGGCGGGGCUAAGGAAGUGGGAGGAGCCUCAGUUGAUCACCUGUCGCUGCUUGCCCACCUGGCCUCCCUCUCCCUCUGCCACCCGCCCAUGACCAUGGUUGCCCCCAGCAACAGCCAGCUGCCAAAGCUCCGCCCUUUCCAGCCGCUCCAGUCGUCGCUGCCAUGCGACAUCCACCUGCUGAACCUGAGGACGCUGGAGGACACGCAGGAAGCAGAUACACCAUCACAGGAAGCUGCCCUGUUCCUCCACAGGAAGGGCUUUGACUGUAGCACCGCCCCCAAGCCGGCGCCUCAGUGCACGUGGAGCGAGCAUGAAGAGGUGAACCUGGACGACCUUUUCUCUCCGCUUCAGUUCCGAUCAGUCCGUCGGUCAGGUCUCACGCUGCUGCGAGCUGACGACGAGCCAGAGACCGCCCAACAACGGCAUCCGCCGCGCAUCGCACAGCUGCGGCCAAUGGAAAUCAUCGCUUUCCGCGUACAGAUGGACUGAAAAUGAUGACACUGCUGCAGCUACUGAGCAGAGAUUGGUACUCAUGGUUCUCACAAUCAGAGAGCAGACAAACAGGGACUGAAAAAAGUCAAAUUUAAGGUGAAAAGAAGCAGAAAAUUCGAAUAUUUAACAGAGAAAUUUAUUUUUAAUCUCAGAUGAUUGUCAGACUCGGAGAGAAAAUCUUUCAGGGACCAAAACAAAACAGGAAACAAUAAAUAGUAAGAAAGGAUUCUUUCAAAAUAAAAGCCAUGAUGUUUUCUAGUUUUCUAGCGUAGAUCAAAGGUCACAUUAUUUAUUCAAAUUGAGAAACACUGAAACUGUGACCAGUCAGUUUGUCCGUUCGGUGUCCAAUGAGCGUGUGCGAGAGUGUUUCUAUGGUGAUGGUCUGUUACUGCUGUUUUACCUGUGAGAGUGGAAGUGUGUGUAAUUUUGUGUCAUUGCUCUGCUUCUAAAUGCACAUAUUGAUAUUUUUUUUAUGAUUUAGUUUGUUGUUGCUGUGAAAAGAGAAGUUGCAGGGAAUUCUGGGAAAGCUUUUUUUAAUGUAGAGAUUCUCUCGGGUGAAAGAAAAAAACAGAAACGAUUAGUUAAAAUGUUUUUACUGCGGGAUAAAUUUGUGUUAAUAUAAAUAAAAGGUUUUUUUUAAUAUUUCUGAAUAAUUUUUUACAAUAAAGUUCAGAGUUUCCUGUUUAA